AUGGCGCCUUCAUUUGCUGGCUUGUCUGGCAAGCGACUGUCUCUGACAGUCUCGACAAUUGCCACCAUGGGAUUCCUGCUCUUUGGUUAUGAUCAGGGUGUCAUGUCGGGAAUCAUCUCCGCCGAGCCCUUUGACAAUGUCUUUCGGGCUGCCAAAGGUGAUUCGACCAUGCAGGCUCUCAUCACCGCCGUGUAUGAGCUGGGAUGUCUGUUCGGCGCCAUGUUUGCGCUUUUCACUGGUGAUUGGAUGGGUCGGCGAUGGAUGAUCAUCUGGGGUGCCGUGGUCAUGAUUGUUGGAGUCGUGAUCCAGGUCACCUCCAUAGUCGGCCAGCUGCCCCUGUUGCAAUUCAUGUUUGGCCGGGUCAUCACCGGAAUUGGCAACGGCAUGAACACCUCGACGAUCCCCACCUACCAGGCCGAGUGCUCUCGGACGAGCAACCGGGGUCUCCUGAUCUGCAUUGAGGGCGGUAUCAUCGCCAUUGGCACCAUGAUCGCCUACUGGAUCGAUUUUGGUGCGGCGUACGGCCCUCCCGACCUGUCCUGGCGGUUCCCGAUUGCCUUCCAGGUCGUUUUUGGUGUCAUCAUCAUUGUCGGCAUGUAUCUCUUGCCCGACUCGCCUCGCUAUCUCAUUUCUCGGGGCAAAGUCGAAGAGGGCGAGUACGUUCUCGCCGCGCUGGCCGGCAAGGAGAUCCAUGACCCGGAAACCCAGUUGCAGAAGAAGCAGGUCAUUGAGUCGAUUGAAGCUGCUGGUGCUUCCGAGGGUGCUGGCUACUCGGAUCUUCUCACCGGCGGCAAGUCGCAACACCUGCGCCGCAUGCUCAUCGGUUCAUCUUCACAAAUCGCCCAACAGCUCUCGGGUUGCAAUGCGGUGAUCUACUACCUUCCGGUUCUCCUCAAGCAGUCACUGGGUCAGACAGAGUUCAUGUCGAUGCUCAUCGGUGGUGUCAACAUGAUCGUCUACGCCAUCUUCGCCACUUUCUCCUGGUUCUUUAUCGAAAAGAUCGGUCGCCGGAAGCUGUUCCUCGGCGGCAUGGGUGGUCAGAUGGUUUCCAUGAUCAUCGUCUUCGCCUGUCUGAUCCCCGGUGGUGAUGGCCCUGCCAAGGGUGCCGUGUUCGGUCUCUUCCUCUACAUGGCCUUCUUCGGUGCCGCCAUGCUCCCUCUGCCAUGGCUCUACCCCGCCGAGCUCUCGCCGACUCGAACUCGUGCCAAGGCCAACGCCGUCUCGACCUGCUCCAACUGGCUCUUCAACUUUACCGUCGUCAUGAUCACGCCCGUCAUGAUCGAUGCCAUCGGCUGGGGCACCUAUCUCUUCUUCGCCGCCAUGAACGCCAUCUUCCUCCCUAUCAUGUACUUCUUCUACCCCGAGACCGCGGGUCGCUCCCUGGAGGAGAUCGACCUCAUCUUCGCCAAGGGCUACUGCGAGAAGAUCAGCUACGUCAAGGCGUCCCAUGACUUGGCAAAACUGUCGGAGCGAGAGAUUGAGCAAAAGGCCAUUGAGUAUGGCUUCACCGACGCCAAUGGCUCCUAUGAUCCCGAGAAGGGCACCUCGUCUCGAUCCUCGGAUGAUGAGUAUCAAGAGCACCACCGCUGA